CCAGUCGCAGCAGCAGCAGCAGCAACGAUCGCAAGUCGCGACACGAGCAAAGCGAACGGAAAGGUGUGCGGGCCAAGAGGCGGGGCUGCGGGGGUAGCGAAGAGCAAGUGACGAACUUACGGCCAACAGCAGCAGCAACAACAACAACAACGGCAACCGGCCCGUUUGGAGCAGCGCGCAUGCCACACACAGUUUAAAUAUGUGAAAUUAGUACAAAUCGUGAUUUCAACAGCGAACGACGAGCGGCGAACGAGCGUCGACGAAGUGGCGACAGAAAAAAAGCACGAGCGAGCAGCAGCAACAGCAUAGCAAUAGCAAUAGCCACAAGCAACAACAGUGGCAGCCACAGCAACAACAAUCGCACGGAAAACCACCAACACAAAUCACCUCAGCAACAAACUAAAGUGAUAACAUCAGCUGGAAGAUCAGAAGACACAACAACAACAUCUGAUGCCACAACUGCAAUGCAUAGAGCAACACAAACGUGGCAACAACAACAACAACAACGACAGCACUUUGGGGCGGCAACAACAACAUGCAAUAAAACAGCUGAUAGCGACGGCAGCGAGCAACAACAAAGCCUAGCAUUAUCAAGCGAGCAACAACAGGUCGCGAAAAAAAAAACAAAAAGCCCGCCUGCUGCAGCACUCACUCACACCAAAGAGCCCCGGCGUGUGUGUGUGUGUGUGUGUAAGAGAGGCAACGGCAAAGUCGCACACCUUUGCGUUGAUUUUGGACGUCGCUCGCCAGUUGGCGCUUUCGCUCUCUCUCUCGCUCGCUCUCUCGCUCGCACAAAGUGCAGCUGAGCUGCCGCUGCCGCCGCCGCCGCACUUGCCGCUGCCACAAAUACAACACAAAUACAAAAGCGGCCAGCUGAAACACGAACGCUGAACAACGCUCGCCGCCGCCGCUGCUGCUGCCGCCAGUCGAAAGUCAAAAGCAACGUGUUGUGGACGCUUUUUUCGUCGCGUCGUUGCGUUGCGUUCUCUCUCUCACUCCUUUUCCUAUCACCGCACACCACCCACCCAACCUAACAACCCAUCAACCCACCACCCCCCGCAGGCUGGGAAAACUUUCACCAUCCCGACAACAACAACAACAAUGUCCAGCAGCGCAGCAGCGGCGCAGUUCAAGCUCGAUGCCAACUCCAAUGCCAUUGCUUUGAUAGCCGAUGUUGCCUCGCUGCCACUCCCACUUUCGCCCACUGCUGCGGCAACAACAACAACGACAGCAACAGCGAUAGCAACAACAACGCCAGCUGAUCGCGUUGAAUGGUCCCGCUCAACGAUCCUCAACUUCAUCGAGGACUAUCGCCGGCAACGAGUCCUCUGGGAUCCCAACACCAAGGGCUAUCACAUCAAGCAGACGAAAUACGAAGCGCUGAAGCUCCUGAGUCAGAAAUAUGGAACGGAAAUACGAUCGAUAAGGUCGAAGAUCAAGUCCCUGCGCAGCUCCUUUCAUCGCGAGCACGGCAAGGUCCUGAGCGGCCGAUCGCGCGGGGUUAUCUAUCAGCCGAUGUGGUUCGCCUACGAGGCCAUACGCUUCAUACUCGACGGCGAGCGGGAUCAGGAUCAGGAUCAUCCGGGUCAGGAUCAAGAUCAAGAUGGUGAGGCGGAAACGGAAGCGGACGAGAAGCUAACCCUGAUGCACAGUCUGGAUUUGGCGCAACUGAAAGCGGACAAGCUGGUGGACAGGGACAUCAUACUGCAGGUGGAGCAGCAGCAGCACGACGAGCUGACCGCUCGAAUCGCGGCCACUGUGGCCGCCGUCGCUGCCGCUGCGGCUGCGGCAAAUGCCCGGGAUCGUGAGCGGGAGCGGGACGGCGAUGCCGCUGGCGAUUUGGACGGCGCUCGGGAAAUGGAACUCGAGGAGGCGGAGGCGGCGGGCGGCGGUGGCGCCCUCAUCGAAUCCUCCUCGGCGGCUGUGACACGUUCCUCUUCCGAUUUGGAUGGCGAGAAUUACUGCAAUAUCAGCGCCGAAGAUGUGAAAACAGAAAUUAUCGAACACGAAUCGGAGCUGGGGAUGCUGGAUCGACGGACGAGCACGCCGUCGCCCAUAAAUUACUACAAGCCGACGGAUCUAACGUACAACCACCGCAAGCGCAAGGCGAUGGGCGUGGAGCACGUUGUGGGCGCUUUGACAUUGACGCCCAUCAAGGCGGUGGGCGGUGCGGCGGGGGCGGGCGGAUCCGCUGGCCAGCAGCAACAUCAGCAGAUGAACCACAGCCAGCUCGCGUUUCAGGCGCUCCAGCAGCACUUUAACCACAAUCACAGUCUUAGCCUGAGCCACUGCAACGGGCAACCGCAGCAGCAGCACCACCACCACCAGCAACAUCAGCAGCAGCAACAAUCGUUGCAUCUGCAACAGCAACAACAUUCCAGUAACAUGGCACAAAAACGUGAUCGUGAUCGUGAUCUCUCAACGUCGAAUGGCAACGGCAACAGUAACUGCAACAACAACAACAUCAGCAGCGGCAGCAGCAACAUCGCCGGCCACACCAGCAACACCUCGCUGGACCCAACAGCAACAUCCAGCAAUUGCAGCUCCAGCAGCAACAGCGGCACCACGCCCCCCAAACCGCUCAUCGGGGGCGGCGGUCUGAGUGCCAAUCAUGUGGACGAAUAUGGGGUAUUCGGGGAGUACGUGGCCAUAACCAUACGCAAGCUGAAGACAUCCAAGUCGAAGAUCGUGGUGAAGCACCUGAUCAACAAUCUCCUCUACGAGGCCGAGCUGGGGAAAUACGAUCAGGGGAUGCCAGCCAGCAAGGAGCCACCGCAGCUGUACAAUAUGCAAUGAAAGGAUGGGGAGGAUUCGAUUAAAGGUCCACCAAAAUAAAUAUAUGUAGACAAAACGAACGGGGGGAGAGACAACCAACGCACUAGUCAGCAAAGCAACAAUGGGUCAAAACCAGAGCCAACAAUUCUAAACAAAAACAAACUGGGGGUACCUACAUAAUACACGGGGUUUUGGGGGCGACAUGAGCAUUUCAUUCAGGGACAAAGACCAUAUAAGUACUUUAUCUUUACUCUAUCUACAUUUAUUAACACAUAAACGAUAUCAGUGAGUAUAUAUCUGAAAGUCAGUCAGUCAAAGGAGUGCAGUUGAAUUAGGGACGAAACAAACAUACCAUUAAUUAAAUUGAAUUAAUUAUAAAUGCUUUACGUUAGCUGUGUGCAUUUUUAUGCACACACCCAUAUAUUCUACGUUUAUAAAUGUACUUUUUAUGAUUAUCGUUUUUUGAUUUCACAGGCGUUAUAUUUUUGAUUUUCGUUUAUUAUAUAUAUUUACAUUUGGCAAUAACACUUUGAACUCAGGUGCCUUUAUUUUUUUUAGUCAAUUAAGCCUUGUUAUCUUAUGCAUAAAAGCGAAACAGCAAACAAACGCGAAAUGAUUGCAAAAAAUCGACGUGUAAAGCAAAUAAAUGAAGCCGUAACAACAUGUAAAUUUAAUUAACUUUUUAUCGCGUAUGCCAAUCCAUAUGUAUAAACUUAAUUCUGUAAAUAGUCCUAAAGAAAAAAAAACAGAGAAGAGAAAAUAAUGAAACAUGAAAUGUGCAAAUCUUAAUUUUUGUUAUGCAUAACUAAUUUGAUUCGAGCAAAAGGGCUCCAAAUAAAAAUGCAGAAAUGUUGAAUUUCAUUUUGAAAAUGA